AUGGCUGAAAAGGAGUCUGUCUGGCUAUACACAGCAGAGUGGCCAGCACCUAAGGGGCUGGGAGCAACAGAAAGUCUCGGUGUCUGCCAUGAAGAUGAAGAGGGCAAAUCAAAGGGAAAGUUGACGGUGGAGAUCAGCGAACGCGCUGGCGGUCGCCGAGGAAGCUGGGAGGAGAAGCGAUUGGGAUUGGGGGUUGCGAGGUUGGCCCGGAAAGUGGGCAGACACAAAGAAGGAGCUGCCGCACUAUUCGGGACUAGCACGCGCCUAGCGUUCCUUGCGCUAGCCGUUCCAAGAAGGUACUGA